GCACCGCGUGGAUACGAUCGGUGAGGAGAGCGGGUGGUGUGGAGGUUGGCCUAAGACGCGGGCUGCCAAGAUGCCCGCUUUCCCUUGUCCGGUGCCUGAUGUGGGCGACUUCUUCCCUCCCUGAGGACUGGUCAGAUGUCCUGUAAUCCCUCCUUUGGUGGCAUUGGAAAGGGGCAUUUAAUGAGAGAAGUUGAUGCCUUGGAUGGUCUGUGUUCUCGCAUCUGUGACCAGUCUGGUGUACAUUACAAAGUAUUAAACCGGCGAAAGGGGCCAGCUGUGUGGGGUCUGAGAGCUCAAAUCGAUAGGAAACUGUAUAAACAGAACAUGCAGAAAGAAAUCCUGAACACGCCACUGCUCACAGUUCAGGAGGGAGCAGUAGAAGACCUUAUUCUGUCGGAACCAGAGCCUGAGCACCCUGGGAAGUGCCGUGUCAGCGGUGUUGUUUUGGUGGAUGGAAGCACAGUAUAUGCGGACAGUGUGAUUCUGACUACUGGGACAUUUCUAAGAGGCACAGUUGUGAUUGGAUUGGAGAUGCAUCCAGCAGGACGUUUAGGAGAUCAGCCUUCCAUAGGGUUGGCUCAGACUCUGGAGAAGUUGGGGUUUGCAGUGGGAAGGUUGAAGACUGGGACUCCACCCCGAAUUGCCAAAGAGUCCAUUAAUUUCAGCAUUCUAAACAAGCAGACACCAGAUGAUCCGCCCAAACCGUUCAGCUUUAUCAAUGAGACGGUGUGGAUUAAGCCAGAAGAUCAGCUGCCAUGUUACAUGACUCACACGAAUCCUAAAGUGGAUGAAAUUGUCCUUGAGAACCUUCACCUUAAUAGUCACGUUAAAGAAACUACCAGAGGGCCUCGAUACUGUCCCUCCAUUGAAUCAAAGGUUUUGCGUUUUCCCAAUCGCCUGCAUCAGGUUUGGCUGGAACCUGAAGGAUUGGAUUCUGAUCUUAUCUACCCCCAAGGCUUAUCUGUGACGCUACCAGCUGAAUUACAAGAGAAAAUGAUUGCGUGCAUCAGAGGCUUGGAGAAAGCUAAAAUGAUUCAGCCAGGCUACGGUGUUCAGUAUGAUUACUUAGAUCCCCGUCAGAUCAGUCCUUCCCUCGAGACUCAUCUGGUUCAGCGGCUCUUCUUUGCGGGACAGAUAAAUGGCACCACUGGUUACGAGGAAGCGGCAGCUCAGGGUGUGAUAGCCGGAAUCAAUGCCAGUCUUCGAGUCAGCCGCAAGCCUCCCUUUGUCGUCAGCCGAACAGAAGGCUACAUUGGAGUUUUGAUUGAUGACCUCACCACGCUGGGCACUAGUGAACCAUACCGCAUGUUUACCAGCAGAGUGGAGUUCCGUCUGUCAUUGCGCCCUGAUAAUGCCGACAGCCGACUCACGUUCCGAGGGUAUGAGGAAGCUGGCUGUGUGUCCCAACAGCGAUAUGAAAGAGCUUGUUGGAUGAAGUCUUCUCUAGAGGAGGGCAUCUCUGUAUUGAAAUCCAUUGAAUUUUCAAGCUAUAAAUGGAAACAAUUAAUCCCAGAGGCUUCUAUAAGUAUUACUAAAAGUCAUCCUGUGAGUGCUCUAGAUGUUCUGAAGCAUGAGGAAGUUGACAUGGAGUCAUUGGCCAAGGUUGUUCCAGACCUCUUCAAGAAGUACACUCAAUGUAGAGAACUAGCCGAAAGACUCAAAAUAGAAGCCGCUUAUGAAUCAGUAGUGUUCCAUCAGCUACAAGAAAUAAAGGAAGUUCAGCGAGAUGAAACUCUCCAGCUGCCAAAAGACCUGGAUUAUUUGACGAUCAAGGAUGUGUCUUUGUCUCAGGAAGUUCGGGAGAAAUUACAUUUCAGUCGCCCACAGACGAUCGGGGCCGCCAGUCGUAUACCUGGAGUGACACCUGCUGCCAUUGUCAAUCUGCUCAGAUUUGUGAAGACGACUCAGCAAAGACAAGCAACUGUGAAUGAACUGCCACAGACUGACUGAUGACGCCUGUGAUACCACCAUCAAGCUUUCACUUUACAGGAGACUUUUAAAGUGCGAAUAAUUCAGUCAGUACCAGAGUAUAGAUAGGAGAUAGCUGUUUAGCACUUAUUAAAAUAGCUUUAUUAGGUUAUGACAGGCUUGUCAUUAAUUUAUGAAGGGAAAGAGGUUGUAAUUGUGAUUUUUGUGUAUCUGGGAAAAAAUAGUUUUAAACAAUGUGUACUGUUUUGGCAGUUCUAAUAUGGUAAGCCUCUUGUAACUUCGUGCAGUGUUCCUCAAAGAGACAUGUCAUGAGGCUAAAAGUAAACCUGAAAAAAAAAUCUUGCAUAUUUGCCUACUCAUAAGGACUUUGCCCAUUACAUGGUAUGCCAAAUUAAAAGUCUUAACUGGUUGGUCUAUUUUGAAAGUUAGUAAUUUUUGCCUGGUUGUACUAGGUUAGAAAGCAGUAUCAAGCCAGUGCCGCAGCUCAAUAGGCUAAUCCUCUGCCUGCGGCGCCGGCACACCGGGUUCUAGUCCCAGUCGGGGUGCCGGAUUCUGUCCCGGUUGCCCCUCUUCCAGGCCAGCUCUCUGCUGUGGCCAGGGAGUGCAGUGGAGGAUGGCCCAAGUGCUUGGGCCCUGCACCCGCAUGGGAGACCAGGAGAAGCACCUGGCUCCUGGCUGAGGAUCAGCGCGGUGCGCCGGCCGCGGCGGCCAUUGGAGAGUGAACCAACAGAAAAGGAAGACCUUUCUCUCUGUCUCUCUCUCAUUGUCCACUCUGCCUGUCCAAAAAAAAAAAAAAAGAAAGAAAAAAGAAAAGAAAAGAAAGCAGUAUCAAAGGGGGAAGCUUUGGCACAGUGGUUAAGAUACCACUGGGGAUGCUGCAUCCCAUAUUGGAGAGGCUGGUUUGAGUCUUGGCUCUUCUUCUUCCUAUCAAAUUAGCUGCUAAUGUGCAUCCUGGGAGGCAUUAGAUGGCUCAAGUACUUGAGUCCCUGCCACCCACAUGUGAGACCUGGAUUGUAUUCCUAGCUCCUGGUUUGGAUCUGGUCCAACCCUGGAUAUUGGGGCCAUUUGGAGGGUGAACCAGCAGACAGAAGAUCUCUCUAGGUCUCUGUCUUUCAAAUUAAAAAAAAAAAAGAAGAAAAGAAGGCUGGCGCCGCGGCUCACUAGGCUAAUCUUCCACCUAGCGGCGCUGGCACACCGGGUUCUAGUCCCAGUCAGGGCGCCAAAUUCUGUCCCGGUUGCCCCUCUUCCAGGCCAGCUUUCUGCUGUGGCCCGGGAGUGCAGUGGAGGAUGGCCCAAGUGCUUGGGCCCUGCACCCCAUGGGAGACCAGGAUAAGUACCUGGCUCCUGCCAUCGGAUCAGCGCGGUGCGCAGGCCGCAGCUCGUCAGCCGUGGCAGCCAUUGGAGGGUGAACCAACGGCAAAAGGAAGACCUUUUUCUCUCUCUCACUAUCCACUCUGCCUGUCCAAAAAGAAAAGAAAUAAUAGUUUUUUAAAAAGAAAACAAUAGCAAAGUCCUGAGAUAAGGGCUAAAAAUCGAGACUAUACAAAAGUAUCCAGAAUCAUUCAGCUAAUAUCUAAUACUGGAAUACAAUAUGUAGGGUGAAAGUUGACUUAUGAGAUUUCUGUACUUCACACAGCAUUGUGGGGAGGCUGUAGUUCACAACAACCUCAUAUAUAUUUUGUGAACAAAUAGAACAAGGAAGCUCCAAGCCUCCCAUCAUAAAGUAAUGUCAGAGAAGGGGAAAUGUGGAUUACUGUUUAAAUCAAUACACACUGUAUACAUGAAUUUAAAUAUCACACUGUAGCUUGCAAAUAUACACAUUUUUAUAAUUAAAUUCUUUAAAAGAUUUUGCUCCAGUAAUUGUUUUUAAAAUUAAUGAAAGCCCCAUAAAACUAGAAAGAUUAGAAAUCACCAUUGUUGUUAUAGGCAUUUGACCUAGCAGUUAAGACACCCAUGUCUCCUAUCAGAGUGCCUGAGUUCAGUACUUGUCUCUGGCUUCCGACUCCAGAUUCCUGUUAAGGUACACCCUGGGGAUGCAGUAGUGAUGGCUCAGGUAAUUGUGUUCCUGUAACCCAUGUGGAAGGCCAUGAUUGAGUUCCCACUUCCUGGUUUCAGUACCAGCCAUUGCAGGUAUUUGGAGAGUAAAUCAGCAGACGGGAGCACGCUUUCUCUCUCUUUCUCUAGUAAGUAAAUAGAAUAAUUGGGCCUCUGCUACCUGUGUGGGAGACCCAGAUGUUCCAGGCUCCUGGCUUCAGCCUGGCCCAGCCCUGUCACAGCCAUUAUAUGAAUGAGCCAGCAGAUGGAAGAGUCUGUCUCUUCUUCUAUUGCUCUUUCAAAUAAUAAUUUUUUUAAUCACCAUUGUUUUCUCUCAUCUCACAAUGUGGAUACUAAUUUGGUAACUUGAUUGAGGGAGAACAAAGGCAAUUAUUUUAUAUCAUACAAUAAAAUUAUGCUUUCUUUUUAAAAAUUUAUUUAUUUGAAAGGUAGAGUUACAGAGACAGAGGUAGAGAGAGAGAGAGAAGUCUUUUAUCUGCUGGUUCACUCCCCAAGUGGCUGCAGUGGCCAGAGCUGCGCCGAUCCGAAGCCAUGAGCCAGGAGCCUCCUUCGGGUCUCCAUGCAGGUGCAGGGGCCCAAGCGCUUAGGCCCUCUUCUACUGCUUUCCCAGGCCAUAGCAGAGCUGGAUAUGGAGCAGCCAGGACCUGGCACCCAUAUGGGAUGCUGGCACUGUAGGUGACAGUUUUACUGGCUGUGCCACAGCGCCAGCCCCUAAAAUUAUUUUCUUAUGAAACUCUUAUGACAGUAAUCUCAUAGCACUGAAGACACAUAUCCAUAGUAAUUGGUGAAUAGUGUUUCUGUAUUUUUAAUUCAGAAUUGAUACAGAAACCAUAAUAGUGCUGGUUCGCCUCUUAGGCUCCAAUACUUCAGUGAUUCCAAUUGCUAGAAGUGAGUGACUAACUGGGCCCUUUGGUUUCUCAGAUACCUCAGCUUUUCUGGAUAGAUCAGCAUAUGAAGACAGUCAAAUGGGCCCAAGGGCCCUUUUGUCCCUGAAAUGCCAACCUGGAUGUCUGUUGUCAGCCUAUGGGAGAGGCUUCCAUGUCGGCCACAGGCCAAAGCAGGUACUUAGGAUAAGUCUAAGGGCCUCAAAAUCACUUUGGCUGUGGAUCUAAGUCUGAUUACGGGUAUGAGGCAACUAAAUAUCUUGUUUCUGUCAGUGCGCAUGUUCACUUAAAUACAGCUGUUUCCAUGGGUUUCCAUGGGUUUAGUCUGCAUAGACUAAAAUCUUAGUCUACCUAGAAAGCAGUCGUAUCAGUAACAAGUAAAUUGUAUAGGUAAUGCUGGGUCAUUUAGCAAUGAUGAAUUAUUUUUGACACUUAAUUUGGUAAUUUCAAAAGGUGAUCAUUUCUUUGUUAGUCAUUAUAGGUACUCCUUGACAAAAGUUCUUAUUAUAAAGAAAAUAUUAAGUAUAA